AUGUCAAAUGAGUCUGGAAUUAAUGACAGCAGUAAUACUGUUCGUGGUUUUAGGCUGUUUAAUAAUUUAGGUAGGUUUGUGUUGCAACAGCAUGACAAUAAUCAAGGUUUGGUAGGUGCCAUCUUGAGGCAAAGACCACAUAUUUCCCAAAAUUUUGAAUUGCCACAAGAAAUGCAAAGAAAUGUAGUACCACGUUUAUCAGAUAAUGAUGAUGUUUCCUUAGCUAGACGCAGGCAAAAUGCUCAAUGUGUUGCCUCUUUACGUCGAUUGGAAUCGACUGAUCAGGCCAAUAAUAGGCGGCAUAAUGAUGCUGUUAGACAUGCGGCUAGGCGCAAUGCAGAAUCAGCUCAGCAAACUCGCAACAGACAAGUUAUGGAUGCUCAACGGCACGUUGUUGCUAGACAAUUAGAAUCUAAUGAGCAGGCUGCCAAUAGACGUGCUGAAAAUGCUCAUAGACAAGCCAUGGCCCGAGAAAUGCAUAAUGCGCCGUAUUAUAAUAUUGCACGUCAAAAUGUAUUGCCUAAUUUAUAUUUUUUAGGUGCUAUGGACAAAAAAUGUGAUUAUUGUCAAGCUUUAAAGUUUGAAAAUGAAAAUUGUUUUAAAUGUUGUCACACUGGUAAAUCAAAUAUACGUAAGUAUAAUAGUGCCGUUGCCUUUGCUUCUUUUGGAGCAAACUUUCGCCCCCCACCUGGCCGUGGACCACCAUGCUUUCGUAUCUGUGGUCAAAUAUGGCAUCGUGUUGGGGGUCUUCACCCUCCUGAAGGACAAACCCCUGUUUUUAACCAACUUUAUAUUUAUGAAGCAGGUAGGGCUCUCAACGAAAGAAUGGCACGCCAAGAAAAUAAUGGCUGUCGUGAAGACGUGAUGCGAACUGUUCAAGAUGUUAUGGACAGAGUAAGCCCGUUUGCUGCUGCCUAUAGGUACAUGGCUGAAGUUGAAGCUGAAGAAUUGAAUCAGGCAGCAGCACAAAACCGUGCUCCAUCUGAAGUGCGUAUGUACAUGAGAGUUGGCAAUGACCGAAAGCGCUACAACUUGCCACAUCAUGAUGAAGUUGCGGCAGUAUUUGUUGGCCAAGAUGGAGCACCUCCUGGAAACAGGGAUGUUGUUAUCUAUCCGCGUGGAGGUGAUUUACAGAAUAUUUCCACAAUGUCUGCAAACUUGGAUCCAAUGGUGUAUCCUCUUUUUUUUCCAAGGGGUGAACCAGGUUGGCAUAAUAGGAUACCUCAUGUUGCUGUACGUGCAACCCGUACUCGCAACACUACUACAAUGUUGCAGUAUUAUACUUACCGUUUAGCUGCUCGGGAAUAUUUCAGCCCGAUUCAUUAUGGUAAGAAAUUGUUUCAGCAGUAUUGUGUUGAUUCUUAUGUUAAAUUUGAAGGUAAUAAUUUAAAUUACAUUCGAGCAAAUCAAACCAACCUUCGUGUUGAUAGUUAUGAAGGUUUAGCUGACCAUUUGAAUGCACGAGCUGAAGAGCGAGGCCUUCAACCAGGUCGUAUUGUUGUUCUUCCUUCGAGUUUUCAAGGAAGUCCACGUGCCAUGGCUCAAAACUAUCAAGAUGCUAUGGCAGUUAUUGGUAAGUUUGGAAAACCUGAUUUUUUUCUGACUUUUACGUGCAAUCCAAAAUGGCGUGAAAUUACAGAAAAUUUGUUUGCAGGCCAACGUGCACACGAUCGGCCUGAUUUAGUUUCUCGAGUUUUUAAAUUGAAACUAAAUGAACUCCUUAAAGAUGUUACUGAAAUGGGAGUUCUAGGUAAGACUAUAGCACAUGUGUAUGUUAUAGAAUUUCAAAAGAGGGGUUUGCCUCAUUGUCAUUUGUUAAUUCAUUUAGAUCCCAAUGACAAACUUAGGGAUGCAGAUGACAUAGACAGUGUUAUUUCAGCAGAAAUUCCUAAUCAACAGGAACACCCUGAGCUGUUUGAAGUUGUACGAUCGUGUAUGAUUCAUGGAUCAUGUGGACAUCUGAAUCCUAAUUCCAGAUGUAUGGAAGAUGGUGUUUGCACAAAAAGUUUUUCAAAGAACUUUUUAGCAUCUACGGUAGCUGAAGUCAACGGAUAUCCAUUAUAUAGACGUCGUGAUAAUGGUAUACAUAUCAAUGUCAAUAAUGUUGACGUAGAUAAUCGCUGGAUUGUUCCAUAUAAUCCAUGGCUUUCCAAGAAAUACAAUGCACAUAUAAACUUGGAGGCGUGCAUGUCUGUUAAAUCUGUUAAAUACCUCUAUAAAUAUAUUUAUAAAGGUCAUGAUUGUGCCAACAUUGAGAUCAAUGAACGUAUUGAUCAUGAUGAGGUGCAGACAUUUUUAGAUGCACGGUACGUCAGUGCACCGGAAGCCAUAUGGCGUCUUUUUGAAUUUACCAUGCACCAACAAUCUCAUGUUGUCCAUAGAUUGCCAGUGCACUUGCCAAAAAACCAUAUUGUUUAUUUUCAGCAAGGACAGGCUGAAGAGGCUCUGGACAGAGCUGCAGAUCAGGCUACAAAAUUAACAGCUUGGUUUGUGUUAAAUGCAGAGAAUCAUGAUGCUCGCCAAUAUAUGUAUCCAGACAUUCCUCUUCAUUUUGUUUUUAAUAAGAACAAAGUUUGGAAACCAAGACAACGCGGUCAUGAUGAUACUGAAUGGAACAAUACUUUGCAGGAAGCUGUUAACUUUCAGAUGCCUCGACAAUUAAGGCAACUGUUUGCUGUGAUACUUACUCACUGCGAACCUUCUGAUCCUUUUACUUUGUGGACAAGAUACAAGGAUGCAAUGUAUGAAGAUUAUAUUCGCCAAAUGAAUGAGGAACAUGCUGAGUACAGGCUGCUUCAAGAUAUUAAUUCUGUACUUAGAAGGAGUUUUCAAGUUGGAACUGCUGCAUUUACUGGCAUAGCAGCAACACUUUUGAAAAAGGGUACCACCAUUCAUAGACUAUUCCGGUUACCUGUUCCUAUUGUAGAGAACAGUACAUGCAAGAUAACCCCGGUUUCUGCUUAUGCUGCAGAAUUGCGACAAAAGAGUCUAUUUUUACUUGAUGAAGCUUCCAUGAUUCCUAAGCAUGCUUUUCAUGCAAUAGAUCGUCUUCUACAAGAUAUUUGUAAUAAUGAGCUUCCAUUUGGAGGUAAAGUUGUUCUUUUAGGUGGUAAUUUUUCACAGUUACUGCCUGUUGUCAGAAAAGGAAAAGCAACUGAAAUUGUGGACAUGUGUUUAAAAAGUUCUCCACUAUGGCACUUGGUUAAAGAAUUUCGAUUACAUCGAAACAUGAGAACAAGGCCAGGAGAACAACAAUUUGCUGCAUGGCUUCUGCAACUUGGGAAAGGUGUUUUACCUGUUCGGGAGCAAGAACCUUUCCAAGGCGCAAUUGAAGUGCCAUCCCAAUGUGUGAUACAAAAUGAAUGUAUUGUUGAUACUUUGUUUAGGAAUCUUUCACCGGAAAUUAUGGCAUCAUCUGUGGUACUAACACCCACAAAUGAUGACUCACUUACCAUUAAUGAUCAGGUGUUGGCGCUGUUGCCUGGUGAAGAAAAAGUUUUUUUUAGCGCAGAUGAUGUUGUGUGUGAUGAGGAGGAGGAACGGAAUCAAUAUCCGGUAGAAUUUUUAAAUAGUAUCACACCUUCAGGUAUGCCUCCUCAUUGCCUUAAAUUAAAAACUGGUGCCAUUGUUAUGUUAUUAAGAAACAUAAACAUGAAUAAUGGUUUAUGUAAUGGCACUCGACUAAUUAUAAGACGUCUUCAUGACAACUGUGUCGAUGCUGAAGUACUCACUGGCAAUGCCAUUGGAGAUAGGGUACUUAUUCCAAGGGUGCAACUUGCACCUUCGGAUACAGGUAUGCCUUUUGUUUUACGUCGCAGACAGCUUCCACUAAGGCUGUCUUAUGCUAUGUCAAUAAACAAGGCACAAGGUCAAACCUUUGAAAAGGUUGGAAUAUUGUUGCGCAGGCCAUGUUUUUCUCAUGGUCAGCUGUAUGUUGCUUUUUCUAGAGCAAGAGCAUUUGGUGAUGUUCGAGUAAGUGUUGUUCCCUCAUCCAGGCAAGGGUUUUUUAAUAGGGAAUGUUAUACUCAAAAUGUGGUUUACCGUCAGGUUCUUACAUAA